AUGUCUUCUGUCAAAGUGACCCCGUUGUCCACAAACUCCAAAUUAAAUCCAAAGUUUGGAGCAAUCGUUACCGGGGCCGAUCUGAAUAAUCUCAGUGAUGUAGAGUUUAGAUUGAUCCAAGAGGCGAUCUACAUUCACAAGGUCAUCAUAGUCAAGGGACAGCACAAUCUGGACCCGGUAAAUCAGUUCAAUUUUGUGCACCGACUAGACCCAGGUGCAAAGGAGGUCCAUGGCUUUGAGACUGAGGAUGUGACAGAGGAAACCACAGGUGUUCUCGGUCCACGGUUCCAUACAAUCCCCGGGUCAAAAGGAGUGACUGUUGUCGGUCAAGGUUACCAAGGGGAUGAUCAUUACGGACUCAAAGGGAUCACCGUGCGAUCCACCACACACGUAGAUGCACAUAUUGAACCCCUCUCGCCAGAAGAGUUAGAGAAUCAGCAAACUCGAUUUGGAGCAUUCCACUUUGACGGAGUUAUCUAUGGAUCGUAUCCCUCGCGAGUUACGACGCUCCGCUGCGUACGAGCUCCCAAGGGCCCCGAUCUUACCGUCCGCUGGGACGACGGCUCUGGUCGGAGUAUGCGCGUAAAACCCGGACUCACCGCUUUCUUGGACAGUGCCCAGCUUUAUAAUCUCCUUACGGAUGAAGAGAGGACACUUGCAGAUCACAGCCAGUGGGAGCCCGCUCCACAGCCAUACGUGUGGACCGGCACUCGAAAAAUUCGCAAUUGCGGCUUGGGCAUGGCGCCGGGUGGUCAGACAGUGUCUCUGGACCAACUGCCAACAUGGACGGCGGAGAAGGUAUACAAGUUUCCAAUGGUCUGGGUAAACCCAAUAACGGGCGUUAAAUCUUUCCAAAUCCUGCCGGAUGUGGUGCGGAGAUUGUAUAUGAAGUCUGGGCCGCAGGGCGAAGAGCGCGUAGUUGACGAUGGGGAAGAAAUUCGACUUUGGUUGAAUGACAUACUAGACCGAAUUUGCAUUCCGGAAACAAUAUUAGUCCCAGAGUAUGAGGAAGGGGAUGUUGUAAUGUUCAAUAAUUGGGAGGUCUUACACAGUUCUAUCGACUAUCCCACGAGCUAUGGUCCUCGAACGAUGCAUCAGUGCCAUAUUCCGUCUUCUACGUUUCCGGUCGGGCCGGUUUCCGUGUGA